AUGGGUCCAUCUCUUCCCCACCGAUCUAUGUUCGCUCCAACCCUUUCUAGUAUAGCUUCUGGGUCUACUCAAGCCUCCUAUGCUGCUCCUCAGGGCUCUCUGGCAUCUACAAGGCCUGAUUCACCUGCUGGAGGCGAGCACCAGUCACAGAGUCAGCUAACUGAUUAUGAUGAUGGCCUUGAUCUUGAGGAGCUACCAGGCUGGAUGGACGACUCUCAGAUGACUCUAGUUGAUGCUUUAGAUACUCCUCAGGCGCAUAUGGCUAUCUCUUCCCUUCCCAGCUCAAUUGACAUCCGACACAUCAAACAGCAGUCCAAGAUCAGCCGAAAGCGCACUCUUGCAGCACUCUGUCGUGAAUGGGAGGUCUCACCCCUUGAUCUUGCUACAGAUAUUCUCAAUGACGAGGCAAGCUAUGGCUCUAGCUACUCUGACUACUGGUUUCGGCCAAAAUCUGAGGGUAUACACCGCUUUCUUGACGCUCUAACGACUGACAAGGACAACAAGAAGGGACAGUGUCCCCGGUGGACUAAACUCUCUGACUGGCUUCUCAGAUCUCAUGCUGCUGUAGACGUGAUCAAAGGAGUUGUUGACGACGAGAUGGAGAAGGCCAAGAAGCACCUGAUGUUCAAACGUGUUCAAGAUAUCACUCCAGAGUUUCUCGAGAACUGGAACUUCGAGACGAUCUACCAGCCCCUUCUAGAUAGUACACCUGUCCUCUCUGAGAUUCUUAUUGUCCCCAUUAUUGAGGCGCAGCUGUGCCAUCAGCGAAGCGAUCAUGCUACUGGUGCUGCGUCUAUGUGGACUCUAUGGCUAUGGGCUUCAAAUGCGACGAAGAAAGUCACUGAGGUGCUGUCUGCUUGUGGUCUCUGCAUGGGGAAUACUUCGACAACCGCUCUUCUCGAGAGUCUUGCUGACAAGAAUGUUGAUCUGGCUGCACAAGCCGCUCGUGGUCCGCACCUAAUUGGCUAUGACAACUUCAAUGCUUCGACCACAGACGUUGAGCAGCGUGGAAUAACAACUCCAUAUACAACUAUCUCAGCGACUACAGGCUAUGUCUAUGAACUUCGCUCAGGCAAUGGCCCUGUAGAUCCAUCGCAUGUGGAGUGGACUGGAGCUCUUCGAGACGGCUUUGAUCGUGCACCUGGCCUCAGAAUUGAAGAUGUUGCUCUACCAGAAGAUCGUCACCAAUUUCUUCGACAGGAUCUUGUAGCCACUGUAGUUGACUCCUUGUUUAAGCUGUACGGUGAUCUCUUCUCAGCGCACAUCAAGGAGAGCCCGAUCCUCAGCCACCCAUCAAUUCGACCAUUUCCUAAAGGCUACAAGACGAAAUUCUACUGUACUCGCGCAAGCCGGAUCGAAGAAGGUUCUCGAAAGGGCAACCUGCUAUACCAGAAUCACCUCUAUACACAACAGUUUGACAUGACGACUGCGAUGCUUCUCAAAAACGCGAUUCUCUUCAUGGGCGACCAGCACACUAACAAGCAAACUCGUGGAGGCAAGAUGAUUCGCUUACUUGACAUCAAUGAUUGGGAGCGUCGUAAGGUCUUUCAGAUUGCCAUUGCACUGUUUCACCUACAGCUGAACCUCGUCUGGGUGAUCUCUCACAAGCACAAGGGUACACUAUCAUCAGAGGGUUCUUUGCUUUGGUUCUACGAGCUGCUAGAAAAGACGAAACUUACUAAGCAGCAUCCCGACUACCACACUCUUCUCAUGGCUCUUAGGCAGACUCUAGAUGCGUUGCUGGUUGCUGCUUGGGACGUUGUUCUAAGGGACGAGGGCUUUUCUGGUGGCACUCAGGAUGAAGACAUCUACAGGCAGUUUGCUUCGAGUGAAGAUCUCACAGCCGAAAAGAUUUUGGAGCUGGCUCAGAAAAUUCAAGCGCGCUGGGCAAGCGUCCCUCUAGAUGAGGAUCAAGAGGAUGAUAUCAUAAGUACCAAUAUUCACCUCCUCAUCCGUGAUUUACUCUAUGCUAUCACCCUUAUCCGUGCUGUGUCAGAUGGUGACUAUGGCAGAGUGGAGGACCUGUUCCCACAUUUAGAGCUUAUUUUUCGAGGGGCUGGGAGUCACAACUAUGCGUCUGAAAUCCUAUUCCUCAUGCACAACUUCAAAUAUGUAUGGACUCCAGAAUUUUCAAAUAUUGUCAGGGACAAUUCUAUCAUAUGCCCUUCAGGCCUUGGUCCAGGGCACUGUUUCGGAGUCGAUCUCAACGCUGAGCAUGGCGUUGAUGAUAUCAAGGACAUUUGCCUCUCCCGUGGCAUGAACGGGAAUUGGGAGCGUAUCGGACAUGGUGCAGCUUGUAUCAAGCAAGCUGCCGCAUCAAAGCUCAAGGUACCUGAGAUCCUGGGGAUUUAUCCUCAAUCUCGUUCGCAUACAACACCCGAAACACGCCACAUCACUGUAACAGCACUUCGAAAGGUUCUGGACAAGCAACUGCUGGUAUAUGUUCCUGGACGGGGUUUAUCCAGCAAAACUGUCAAGCCUAUGACAGACUUAAUGGCUGUUGGACGGUCAAAACUUGAGAGCCAGGCUCUCGCUGAUUUCAACAAGCGGCUUCAGCAACUGCAGAAUGGUUUAGAGGUUGAUGAUGAGGUCGACGAUAUCCCACCCUCCCAGAUUGUGCUAGCAGUUUCAGACGAAUAG